AUGUACGGGGCGACGCGGCGGGCCUGCUCGGGCUCUGGUCGGGACCGGAGCUCGCUGAUGCUGACCACCGCGCUCCUUCUCUCGGUUAUCGGGCUGCUGUCCGGCUUGCCUGGCUUCACCGAGGCCAAGGAGUGCGAUAAGCCGUGUAUGAACGGCCAGUGUAACACCGCCACUGGCGAAUGUGUAUGUUUCCCCGGCUGGGUUGGGGACCAAUGCCAGCACUGCGGAGGGCGAUUCAGAUUGACGGGGCCCUCUGGUUAUCUGACUGACGGUCCAGGAAACUACAAAUACAAGACCAAGUGCACCUGGCUCAUUGAGGGACAGCCCAACACCAUUCUGCGAUUACGGUUCAACCACUUUGCUACUGAAUGCAGCUGGGACCACCUCUACGUGUACGACGGCGACUCCAUCUAUGCGCCCCUUCUGGCGGCUUUCAGCGGUCUGAUUAUUCCUGAGCGAUAUGGGAACGAGACCGUCCCGGAGGUGGUGUCUCAAUCUGGCUACGCCCUGUUGCACUUCUUCAGCGAUGCUGCCUACAACCUGACCGGCUUCAACAUUUCCUACCGAGUGAACACCUGUCCUAACAACUGCUCUGGCCAUGGAGAAUGUCAUGUGGGGAACUCCACUUCUUCUGUGUACUGCGAGUGUGAAAAUUACUGGAAGGGGGAAGCCUGUGACAUCCCGUACUGCCUGGCUGACUGCGGCGAACCUGAAAGAGGCAGUUGCAAGGACAAGACCUGCGUCUGUACGGCUGGGUGGCAAGGUCCUGACUGCUCCGUCUCGGUUCCUGCCAAUUCCUCUUUUUGGAGCCGAGAGGAGUACACUGAGGCCGGGCUGGCCAGGGCUUCCCACAAGGCUGUAGUUGAGCUGGGCGUCAUGUGGGUCAUCGGAGGCUACGUCUUUAACGCCUCCGACUAUCACAUGGUCAAAGCGUAUAACGUCAGCAGCAAGACAUGGAUGAGCCUCGACCCCUCCGUCAACACUGUCACACCACGAUACGGCCACUCGCUAGCCCUGCACGAGGGUAAAAUCUACAUGUAUGGCGGAAAGAUCGAUGCUACAGGAAAUGUCUCCAGCCAGCUGUGGGUUUUCCACAUCCAGAAUCAGACCUGGGUCCUUUUAAGCCCCAGGGCCAAGGAGCAGUACGCCGUGGUGGGACACUCUGCCCACAUUGUGCCUCCUGUCCACGAGGGGGACGGCCCCGUCAUGCUAGUUCUGUUCGGGCACUGUCCUCUGUACGGUUACAUCAGCCAGGUGCAAGAGUACAACAUUGCCAAGAACACAUGGAGCAUCGUGUCUACAGAUGGUGCCCUGGUCCAGGGGGGCUAUGGCCACAGCAGUGUGUUUGACCCCAGCACCAGAGCCAUCUACAUCCACGGAGGCUACAAAGCCUUCAGCGCCAACAAGUAUGGCCUAGCAGGAGACCUUUACAAGUUUGAUGUGGGCAAGAGGAAAUGGACCAUUCUGAGAGACAGCGGCUUCUUCCGGUACCUCCACACAGCAGUGAUGGUUAGUGGGAUGAUGCUGGUGUUUGGUGGAAAUACCCACAACGACACCUCCAUGAGCCACGGCGCCAAGUGCUUCUCAUCGGACUUCUUGGCCUACAAUUUAGCGUGUGAUGAGUGGACAGUCUUACCUCGACCGGACCUGUACCACGAUGUCAACCGCUUCGGACACUCUGCAAUCUUCAGUGAUGGCGUUAUGUACGUGUUCGGUGGCUUUAACAGUCUACUGCUCAGCGAUGUCCUCACGUACACCUCGCCCAGCUGCUCGGCCUUUUCCAGCCCGACGUCCUGCAGCCAGGCCUGGCCAGGCAUUCACUGCGUGUGGAACGCCACCCAGGAGGCCUGUCUGCCUUGGGAAAGCGACGUUAUCGGCACUGAACAGCAGCAGCAGCCCUCCUGCAACACGAGAUCAUACGGUGAUGCUGAGAGAUGUGACCAGUAUACCGACUGUUACAGUUGCACCGCCAACACCAACGGCUGCCAGUGGUGUUCGAGCCAAUGCGUGUCUCUUGGAAGUAACUGCACCUCUGCAUCGGGGGCCAUAGCCGAGUAUGAAGUUUGCCCCAAGGACAACCCGUCGUACGUGUGCAACAAGAAAACAAGCUGCAAGAGCUGUGCUGUGGACCAAAACUGUCAGUGGGAUUCUCGCAACCAAGAGUGCAUCUCGCUGCCAGAGAACGUGUGUGGUGAAAGCUGGCACCUGGUGGGCAACUCUUGUCUGAAAUUCAUCACGACCAAGGACUCGUACGAUAACGCCAAACUGACCUGCAGGAACCACAACGCCGUCCUGGCCUCUCUGACCACGCAAAAGAAGGUGGACUUUGUCCUGAAGGAGCUGCAGAUAAUGAGCGUGGUGUACAAGGCCACUGUGACGCCGUGGGUAGGGCUCAGGAAAAUCAACGUGUCCUACUGGUGCUGGGAGGACAUGUCGCCGUUCACCAACACCACCCUGCAAUGGCUGCCGGGUGAGCCAAGCGACGCCGGGUUUUGCGGCUACCUGGCCGAGCCGGCAGCCACCGGACUGAAAGCUCAAACCUGCAUAAGCCCGGUGAAUGGCAGCCUGUGCGAACGACCAGCCAACCACAGUGCCAAGCAGUGCCGGACACCCUGCGCCAUGAGAACCACCUGCAGCGAAUGCACCAGCAGCAGCAGCUCAGAGUGCAUGUGGUGCAGCAACAUGAAGCAGUGCGUCGACUCCAACGCUUAUGUAGCCUCCUUCCCCUUUGGCCAGUGUAUGGAGUGGUACACCAUGAACACUUGUCCGCCGGAGAACUGUUCUGGAUACAGAACGUGCGGGCAGUGUCUGGAUCAGCCGGGCUGCGGUUGGUGCACUGACCCCAGUAACACGGGAAAAGGUCAGUGCAUCGAGGGCUCCUACCGCGGGCCCUUCCAGACCUCUGUCCCGGCCCCUUCCACCCUUCCUGGUCUGCCCGCCAAUCCUCAGCCAGCCCUCAACGCCAGCAUGUGCCCGAGUGAAUCAAAGUACAACUGGUCCUUUAUUCACUGCCCAGCUUGUCAGUGUAAUGGUCACAGCCAGUGUGUCAACGAAAGCAUCUGUGAGAAGUGCGAGGACCUGACAACCGGCCGACACUGCGAGAGCUGCAUCUCCGGCUUCUACGGAGAUCCGACCAACGGGGGCAGCUGCCAGCCCUGCAAGUGUAAUGGCCACGCAAGCAUGUGCAACCCUAACAAUGGCAAGUGCUUCUGUACCACCAAGGGCAUCAAAGGAGACAGAUGCCACCUGUGUGAAGUCGAGAACCGCUACCAAGGCAACCCCCUCAAAGGAACAUGCUAUUACACGCUCCUCAUCGACUACCAGUUCACCUUCAGCCUGUCGCAGGAAGACGACCGCUACUACACGGCCAUCAACUUUGUGGCCACACCUGAGGAGCCAAACCGAGAUCUAGACAUGUUCAUAAAUGCCUCCAAGAACUUCAAUCUGAAUGUAACCUGGGCCACCAGCUUCACCGCGGGCACCCAGGCCGGAGAGGAGAUCCCCAUCGUCUCUCGGAGCAACAUUAAAGAGUUCAAAGAAAGCUUUUCCAAUGAGAACUUUGAUUUCCGAAACAGCCCCAACAUUACUUUCUUCGUCUACGUCAGUAACUUCACGUGGCCCAUCAAGAUCCAAAUUGCCUUCUCCCAGCACAGUAACUUCAUGGAUCUGGUGCAGUUCUUCGUCACGUUCUUCAGCUGCUUCCUGUCCCUGCUCCUGGUGGCCGCCGUAGUUUGGAAGAUCAAACAGAGCUGCUGGGCGUCACGGCGGCGAGAGCAACUGCUGAGGGAGAUGCAGCAGAUGGCCAGCCGGCCUUUUGCCACCAUCAACGUCGCCUUGGAGACUGAGGAGGAGCCGCCUGACCUCAUAGGAGGAAACGUCAAGUCCGUCCCAAAACCCAUCGCCCUCGAGCCUUGCUUUGGCAACAAAGCCGCCGUGCUCUCCAUCUUUGUACGGUUACCCAGGGGCACCGGCGGAAUCCCUCCUCCAGGACAGUCUGGUUUGGCCGUGGCCAGCGCGCUGGUCGAUGUAUCUCAGCAGAUGUGUGUGGGGUACAAGGAGAAGUCUGGCGGACUGAGGAACCGUAAACAGCAGCCCACAGCACAGCCAUCCACCUGCAUCUGACUGCAUCCCCUGUCCUCUUCUACCAUCCCAACACCAAAAGCUCUCCCAUCAGCCUCCCCCACCCUCCCCUCGCCUCAGCCCCAUCCUUCAGAGACUCCCACCAGCUCCGUUCUGGCAGGGAGAGGUGCAUGCUGGGACGCAGGACUUGAACGUUUUGGUGAAGGGGGCCGAGACAUCUGGCAGACUGCAGCCUCAGAGGUCUCCCCCUUCCUGUCUUCCUACAGGAACUUUGAUGCUUGGAGUCCCCUCGAACCGAUCGACAGAAACUAGACACAGAGAGGGGGGAGGGAGGGAGGAAGGAAGGAAGGGACAGAGCAGGUGCUGACCCCUCCCCUCCCCCUCAAUGAAACAUUUUACAUUUGUCGACACCACCUCGUUAGUCGAGGCGGCCACGGCUUGCUGCUAGAAGAGAUCCUUGUCUCGUAGUUUUUGACAAAACAAAAAACAAAACAAAAAAAAUCCAGAGACUUUGCGACCAUCUAUGUUCGCAUUUUAUUUAAGUUAUUGUUGUUCUUUCUUUUGUAUUGUGUUAUUUCAGAGGCAGGAACAAAACUGGAAACGCACACACAAAAACGCAUAACACACACUUCAGCAAGCCCUUGUACCCAUUUGUAGCCCAUUGUCACCUGCUGUCAUGUUCACAGCUCAGCACUGAGGGCCGUUGUCACUGGAGUCCUGCACAGUUUGGCCUCCGAGCAAGCUAACAGCAUGUUCAGUCUUCCUUUAAUGAGGAUCCACUGUAGGAGGUUGCCUGUGUAGCCAGAGCCCAU